AUGACAUGCACUUCGUGUGGCGGGGCAGGGGAAAUUUCUACCCCAUGCAAUACAUGUUAUGGUGAUGGGCGGGUAAGGAGAACGAAGAGGAUUAGUUUGAAAGUGCCGGCUGGUGUGGACUCUGGUAGCCGUUUAAGGGUCCGGUCAGAAGGAAAUGCUGGAAGGAAAGGUAGGUCCCCGGGUGAUCUAUUUGUAGUCAUUGAAGUAAUCCCAGACCCUGUCCUAAAACGUGAUGAUACCAACAUAUUGUACACCUGCAAGGUGUCAUAUAUAGAUGCAAUACUGGGAACAACAAUCAAGGUUCCAACUGUAAAUGGUAUGGUUGAUUUGAAGAUACCAGCCGGAACCCAGCCGAACAACACCCUUGUAAUGGCCAAGAAAGGUGUUCCUGUUCUAAAUAAAACCAACACGAGGGGUGAUCAGGUGGUCCGUGUCCAAGUUGAAAUUCCAAAAAGACUGAGCAGUGAAGAGAAGAAGCUUAUUGAGGAACUUGCUGACUUAAGCAAGGGUGAAUACACUGAUAUUAGGUGCUAUUUGCCCCGGAAAUCGUAUUAUCUGUCCGGUAUCUGCGGCUUCCGAAGUUGGAACUACCAGUUCAUGCGAACACAUUUUGAUGUUCUGAAAAUGCAUGAAGUAGGAAAGCUGAAAGCGGCUAAAAUUUGGAGUGAUAGGUAA